AUGGCUACCUUCCCUGCGGAGCCGAGCGCGGGCCCGGCGGGUGGCGGGGAGGCGGCCGCGGCGGCGGGGGUCGGGGACGAGGAGGAGGAAGAGGAGGAAGAGGAGGAAGGGGAGGGGGAGGCGGACGAACAGACGGCGCGGCGGCUCCUGCAGACCCUGCAGGCGGCCGAGGGCGAGGCGGCGGCGGCCGGGGAGGGCGCGGGGGCCCCGCCGCCGGGGCUGGAGCCGCCGCCCCCCCGCCGCGGCCACCCCGGCCCGGGCCCCGGCGGCGCCCCCGGGCCCGGGCCCAGCGGCGGGCUGCGCUUCUCGGCCGAGCAGGUGUCGUGCGUGUGCGAGGCCCUGCUGCAGGCGGGCCACGCGGGCCGCUUGGGCCGCUUCCUAGGCGCGCUGCCUCCCUCAGAGCGCCUACGUGGCGGCAGCGACGCGCUGCUGCGCGCCCGGGCGCUCGUGGCCUUCCAGCGCGGAGACUUCGCCGAGCUGUACCGGCUGCUGGAGAGCCGGCCCUUCCCCGCGGCGCACCACGCCUUCCUGCAGGACCUCUACCUGCGCGCCCGCUACCGCGAGGCCGAGCGCGCCCGGGGCCGCGCGCUGGGCGCCGUGGACAAGUACCGGCUGCGCAAGAAGUUCCCGCUGCCCAAGACCAUCUGGGACGGCGAGGAGACGGUGUACUGCUUCAAGGAGCGCUCGCGGGCCGCGCUCAAGGCCUGCUACCGCGGCAACCGCUACCCGGCGCCCGACGAGAAGCGCCGCCUCGCCGCGCUCACCGGCCUCUCGCUCACGCAGGUCAGCAACUGGUUCAAGAACCGACGGCAGCGCGACCGCACGGGUGGCCCGGGCCCCGGCGCGCUCGGGAGCGGGGCGGCAGCCGCGGCCGCGGCGGGGGCGCCCAGCAGGAGCGAGUCGGAUGGGAACCCCAGUACGGAAGAUGAGUCCAGUCACGGAGCCGAGGACCAGGAGGCUGGAGCAGGGGCGGCCCCAGGAAGCACCGAGGGGCCGGCUCCUGGUUCUGUGUUUCUGGCUGGGGCGCCGGCAGGACCCCCGAGUGCCCCGCCUAUCCUGCUCAAUGGGGGCUUCUUGACAACGGCCAGCUCCCCGGCUGUGCUGCUGAAUGGCAGCUCCGUCAUCAUUAAUGGUCUGGCCCUGGGGGAGGCCCCGGGCCUGGCCCCACUCCUGCUCACAGGGGCCCCUGGAGGAGGGGGCCCACCAGCCACUAGCCCACAAGCCCAGGCUCCACUGCCCUCCCUCCUCCAAGUUCCCCAGCCUGGAGACAUGAAGGCAGAAGAGAUCCAGCCUGAAGAUGGAGGCGCCAAAGGAAACCCCACAUCUGGGGAGGAAGCUGUGCCACUGCAGGGGCUGUCCCUCUCCCAGGUGGUUCCUGGCUCCCAGACCCCGGCAGCCCCGGUCCCCCAGCCGGCAGUGCCCUUCCCUUCUCCUGCAGUGGUGACCCCUGCCGGGCCAGGGCCCCAGGUGGUGCCACUGUCCCCCCCGGGCUCAGUAGCUCCCAUGCCAGCCCCCCAGGUGGUCCCACUCUCUCCAUCAGGCCCUGUUUACCCCGGGACCUCACCCUUGGUCUCCCUUCCCCAAGUGGUGCCCACAUCCCAGGUGGUGACCCUGCCCCAAGGGGUUGGGUCCCUACAGCUGCUGGCUGGGCCCGCUAGCCCCGUCAAGGUGGCAGCGGCAACGGGGGCCACUCUGGGCCAGGCCAACGUUCACCUCAUCAACCCAGGAAUGGGGGUCGCAGCCUUGCAGUUGCCUACGGCCGCCCCAGGUAACUUCCUCUUGGCAAACCCAGUUUCCAGCAGCCCCAUUGUGACGGGGAUGACGCUUCAGCAGGGCAAAAUCAUCCUGACUGCCACCUUCCCAGCCAGCAUGCUGGUCUCGCAGACCCUGCCACCCACUGCCGCCAGCCUGGCGCUGCCCGUCAAACAGGAAGCCCCUGCUCCUGUGGCUGAGGGGCCACCCCUGGCCACGGCGGCCCCUGGCCCAUCUCUUCCCACCUUCUCGGCCCAGCCCCAGGUGCCUGUGGCCCCAGUGGCCGCUGGCCCAGCCUUCUCCCCAGACUCCUCUGGCACCCUAACUAGUGUCCCUGUCCCCACCAUUCCUUCCUGGCCUGGGGGGCUGGAGUUGGGGGUGGGAACUGAGGGGCUCUUUGAGAUGGAAAAAGGGCUAGGAACGCCUGCCCCCCAUGCCCUCCUGAGGCUGCCUGAUGGGGAGGGCCUCCUGUUGGGGGGCACAGGGGGUGAGGAGGGGGACGAGCUGGAGCCCGAGGACAAGGUCUUGACCCAGCUCCAGUCAGUGCCUGUGGAGGAGCCACUGGAGCUGUGACUGGACCAGACAUUUGUGUUCUCCCCCACUCCCCAAAUGAGGUGCUUUGAAGACUGAAGCGUCCUUCCCCAAGGGGCCAAAGGGGAAUGGGUACGGGGCUUCUGUGCCUACCACAAACGCCGUCUUCCAGAUCAUAACACUAAUUCACCCUGCCUCUCGGGGCGUGAGGCUCCCCGGCCCCUCUCUUUCGGGGUUGGGGGCUGGAGUAGAGGCUUCAGCUUGUUACAGCCCCUGCUUUUCUGUAUGCUCCCCUUCCCCCAAAGACUUUUGCCCUCCUGGAGCUGUUCUGGGGGGACCUAGGGCUGGCUGCACACCCAUCCCUUUUGGAUCCGGUACUGGCUGUGAAUUGUCUAUGGAAAAACACUAUGGCCCUUGGGCCCACCCCCUCCCCAGGACCCUGCCCCUGACCUGCAAGCGGCUCUUCAUUCAAGGAGGUCCUAGAAGGGCAUGGGAGUGUGUGACUGGGCCCUGGGCCCCACUGACACCCCAUGCACAAGGCUCCUAAGUAGCCCACAGGAUCUGGGUGGUGGCAGCGAGGGCCCCACAGCCCCUCCUGACCCCAGACCAAAGAUCCUUCCUCCCAACAACUUGCCCCUGGGAGGGGGUGACCUUCCCCACCUUGGUUUGUACCUUCCCAAAUCUUUAUAUUUUUCUAGGACGUGUUACUGCCUCAAUUUCAAUAAACCAGACCCAGAAAUGCAGGGGGGGCUUCUGAUCCAGGGGAAGUGGGGCCUGUUAGCCCCCUUUCCUGAUGCCCUUUCUCAA